ACUUUUCACUUAUUUUUAGUACUUGCUGGUGCUCUUCUCGAGGAAGCUGAGCGAUUGCUUGACCGUGGAAUCCAUCCUAUCAAAAUUGCCGAUGGCUUUGACUUGGCAUGCAAAAAGGCGCUGCAAACUCUUGACAGCAUUGCUGACAAAUUCCCAGUGGCCAAUAGGGAACGCUUAGUGGAAACGGCACAGACAUCGUUGGGAAGCAAAAUUGUGAACAGAUGCAUAAGACAGUUCGCCGAAAUCGCUGUAGAUGCUGUGUUGUCAGUUGCCGAUCUUGACACAUGUGAUGUCAAUUUUGAACUUAUCAAGGUGGAAGGAAAGGUUGGAGGACACUUGGAGGAUACCGUGUUAGUGAAAGGAAUUAUCAUCGAUAAGACUAUGUCGCAUCCGCAGAUGCCAAAGGAGCUAAAAGAUGUGAAGGUGAGCUGUCAGGGUGACUACACUUUCUUUUCGUCUAUUCAGGCUUGA